AUGGGAUCCACGAAAAGAAAGUCAGACACCAAGUCUGAAAAGGGCUCAGGCGGUGGCAAGGUUGGCAAGCGUCAGACGACUUUGCCUGUUGGUGAUGGCAAGAAAGCUGGUGAUCUCAGCCCGGACAUCAAGAUCAUGACCAUCUUUCGUCAGUGGUCCAAGCAGAUGGAAGAGUUCCGUACUGUCAACAAUUUCUUCGCGCAGGGAGCCUUCAAGACGAAGGAGAAGCUUCUGAAGUUUCUGAAGCAUCUGGAGUCGACCUACCCGCCCCAGGGAAAAACGUCUGAUCCCCAGGCAAUGGUUUUUGUCACCAGCUUUGGAACCAGUGACUUGGCAGCCAACAACGACAGCCAUCUGAUGCUAUGCGAGCUCAUCGUGGCGAACGGGUUUGUCACAGAUGCCAACAUUGCUGGCACGGAGAAGCUGGCUGUGACUGCACCUCGACCGGAUAUCGGCCUGAGCCCAGACUUUGUCCUGGAUGCGGCUGACAUUGAUGCAGCCUGCGACGGCCUGCUACACCCGCAGCAGCUGGUUUACGUGAAAGGAUGGUCCAGAGCAAUUGCGGCAUUGACUGUGAUGCUGUGCCGAUAUGAGAACCCAGAGUUUGCAGAGGCUUGGGGCGAUAGCCACAGAGAUUCUUUUGCGACCAUCCACGCAACGGUGAAUGUGGUUGGUCUGGAUGAUGCUGCCUUGAUGGUUUUGAACAACAGCAUCACCCUGGGAUCAUCUGUUCGGCGUAAGCCGAAUUGUUUCAAUUUGGUACACCAGUUGGCCCUGGCAAAGCGCAUGCAACGG